AUGAGCGAAGAUAAAAGCAACGAAACGUUUGGUGAUUCUGCGAUAGGAAACGAUACUGUUGAUGAUACUAUAAUUUUUGUAUCAAGCACUACACAGCGUACAGAAGCAAAUUCACUUAUCUGGGAUGAGAAGGAUGCGGAGGCACAAGCCUUUAUAAUGCGAGGUAUCGAGUUGGAGCAGCUGAAAUACUUAACGGAGUGUACAACUGCAGCACAAAUGUGGUCAAAGCUGAAAAUCGUACAUUCCGAGAAAUCUGAGCAGUCGGCGCAAGUGCUGUUAGAAAAAUUUAUAAACUGCAAAAUGGAUUUGGAUGAGAGCAUUGUUAAUUAUGUAGCGAGAGUUGUGUCUUUAGCACAAAGACUUAAAGACAUGGAUAUGGAACAAAAACAGCCUAUGGUUAUUGCAAAAAUGUUAAGCAGUUUGCCGUCUAAAUAUGACCAUGUAAGAACUGCUUGGUAUGCAGUACCCCGGGCAGAACAGAAUAUCGAACGACUAACCGAUCAUUUAGUAAAUGAAGAGUCACUAAUGAAUUUACGCUCAGCUCACCACGUUGAAGAUGACACGGUAAAGACUGCAUAUUCAGUGAAUAAGUUCAACAAAAAGCCAAAGAUGCGCACUAAACGUAGUGGAAGCUGCAACUAUUGCCAUAAAGAAGGGCACUGGGCACGAGAAUGUUUUAAAAAGCAACGUGAACCAGAUGCUGCUCAAAUCAAACAAGAAUACUCGGAUCCAGAGGAGGCAGAGGUCUUGGACAUUUAUGUGCCAAUUGACGAGGAAGAGGAGGUGUUUGAGGAAUUCGAUACAAUUGAUCGUUCAGCUUCGGCUAUGUCGGAUGGAGUAGAGUACCUAGAAGAAAUUAAUGAAUUCCAAUAUGAUGAUGAUGAUGAGGAUUAUGUACAAAUUAAAGAAGAAACACCGAAGCGCGGUAGAGGACGACCACCUAAGAAUUUAAGUAGACCGGAAGCAUCGACAUCAAAACAAGCGGCAGCUCGGCAACCAGUAAUCAAGAAAGAAAAAUGUUCACCAGCCAAACGUGGCCCAAAACCAAAAAAAAUUAAACCCACAACCUACAUCUGCGAUAUAUGUGGAAAUAUCUAUCCAUCGCAGGGGCGUUUGACCGAGCACAUAAAAUUGCAUAAGGGUAUAAAACCACAUGAGUGCGAAAUUUGUGGACAUUGCUUCGCACAGACACAGCAAUUGACGCGUCACAUGAAUACACACACCGGAAAUCGGCCAUAUAAAUGCAGCUAUUGUCCAGCAGCUUUUGCCGAUCUUUCCACUCGCAAUAAACAUCAUCGCAUUCACACAAAUGAGCGGCCGUACGUGUGCGAUGUUUGCGGCAAGUCCUUUACGUAUACAAACACCUUAAAAUUCCAUAAGAUGAUUCACACAGGCGAGAAGCCACAUGUUUGUGAUAUUUGCGGCAAAGGAUUCCAGCAGGCUUACAAGUUGCGUAAUCACAAAAUGACCCACGAACGUAAAGGUGUUGGAAUCAAAAUGGAACCGAUCGAAGUGGAAGCGUUGGAAAGUUAUCAGGAAGUAAAUCCAACAGCAACACAGGUUAUAGAAAUUUAAUUGUUUCCCUAAGGUGGAGAAUGUGACUUAUUGCCAAACAUUUUCACCGCAUUUCCCAUUUGUGCAGUAAGUCACUUGAACGGGAAAAAAGGGAAAUGUUAAUCAAUUGCACCUAAAUAAAUUUUAAUUAAUUUAAUUUAUUAUACUUGCUUGUUAUAAAAUGACAUUCACUGAAAGAAAUUACGUUUUAGACCUCCAAUAAGGUAAUGUACAUUUCGAGCUGAAAUUACUUGAUUAAAGCUCAGAGUUUUCAAAUUAUAAAAUAAAUACAAA